AUGGGAAGCAGUUCAUCAAAAAAAAAAAAAGCAAAGCCAUAGGAAGACAAUUUAAAUAAAUAACCAGUUUAACCAAUUUAGGCUAUAUCUUUUGAAUUCAACACUUGGGAGAAAAGUAAUUAAUACAUUCCAGGUUUACAAAAAAAAGAUACUUAUAAUUAAAAUAUUUGUAAUAAAAAUGAUUUACUAUUUUUUCAAAAUAAUCAAUAGAAUAAAAAUUUAGUUGAUUUUAACCCAAUAAAUUUGAACUAAAAUGUUUACGAAAGUCCUAAAUUCGAAUUAAAUCAUCAUACUAAUGCCUAUUAGUUUUAAUAAGGCUUAAGUUUUUGUAAAUCUGAAUAAAAUAGUAUUAAAUAAAGGAUUGAUUAAUAAAAAAUAAAUAAGAAUUUAUCAAAUAAUGGACUUAAAAAUAUGAAUAGAGAAAUUUAAUUUGAAAGAAAUUAGUAAUAAUGGAAUAAUAAUAUACCUAUUAUAAAUCAAAGAAAAGAGUUAAAUUUAUGUGAUAAUUAAUUUCAACUAUAUUUUCCAGCAAGCAAUCAAUAAUAAUUACCAUUGAUUUAAUAAAGAAAUGAUUAAGUAAUUAAAUAUAACUCAUUAGAAAUCAAUGCAAUAACUGAAAAAAAUAUUGAAAGAGAUUAUAUUUACAUCUAUAUUUUAUUCUUCAAUAAGUAAACCUCUGAAACAUUUUAAUUAAUAUUUCCGUGUAAACAUUCUAUAUGCAAUACAAUUGCACUUAUGAAUGUAAAAGGAAAUGUGAUAUGUAAACAAGGAUGUGCUUCUUAUCCUUUAGAUAAAUCAAAAUUUAAUAAAAAAACCAAUACAAUAUCUCAUUUUUAAGAAAUUAUAUUUGAUGAUAUUAAAGAUUAUAAUUAGAUAACAAGUAUCUAAUAAAUGGCUAAAAUUUUCCAAGAUUCAUUAGUUUAUUCAAAUAAAACAGAAACCGAAAAAUUUGAGUUCUCUAAGAAAUUUGCAGAUUUAAUUUGUAAGAAGUCUAUAAGAUAAGCAAAAUAAAAAGCAAAAUAAAAAAUAAUAGGUGCUAAAAGUUGA